AUGUCGUCCUGGAAGAACCUCAUGUUCUCCACGGCUACUGCCGACAAACCCAGCCCCCCCACCAAGGGGGCCUUCAGCCUGGACCAGGCCAAGAUGGACCAGGCCAGGGUGGAGCAGGCCAGGGUGAACCAGGCCAGGGUGGACCAGGCCAGGAUGGACCAGGCCAGGGUGAACCAGGCCAGGGUGGACCAGGCCAAGGCGGACCAGGCCAAGGCGGACCAGGCCAAGGCAGAGCAGGCCGAGACGGAGCAGGCCAGAGUGGACAAGGCCAAGGCGGACCAAUCCAAGGCAGACCAGGCCAAGGCGGACCAGGCCAAGGUGGACCAGGCCAAGGCGGACCAGGUCAAGGCGGACCAGGCCAAGGCGGACCAGGCCAAGGCGGACCAGGCCAAGGCGGACCAGGCCAAGGGGGACCAGGCCAAGGCGGACCAGGCCAAGGCGGACCAGGUCAAGGCGGACCAGGCCAAGGCGGACCAGGCCAAGGCAGACCAGGUUAAAGAAUUGAUCGCAGACUUUUUUAAGAAGCCCAGUUGUGCGCAGCCAAAGUUCCUGUCCAGCGCCGCAGCUUUAAGAUGGAGGAUGGGCCUCGAGGGUAAGAACCAAGAGUCGUUUGGAUCGUAG